GUGUUUAAUUUAUUUAAUUAAAUAAUACAUUUAAUUGCUUCUCUCUACCUUACUCUGUUACAUUACACCCACACACAAAAAUACCCAAUUUCUCUCCAACGAAAGCAAAAAUCAAAACAAAACAAAUUCCAAGUGAAAAUGGCGAGCUCGGUGGAGAAGGAGGUUGGUGCUGCGGGAGCAGGUGCGGGUGCAGGGGAAGAAGCUGUGUCUUUGGAACUUCCAGCUCCACCUGGUUGGAAGAAGAAGUUCUUUCCAAAAAAGUCUGGAACCCCAAAGAAAAAUGAGAUUGUGUUCACCGCACCAACUGGAGAGGAGAUCAACAAUAGAAAGCAGCUGGAGCAGUAUUUGAAAUCAAACCCUGGUGGCCCAGCUAUAUCUGAAUUUGACUGGGGCACUGGUGAGACCCCGAGAAGAUCAGCAAGAAUCAGUGAGAAGGCCAAAGCGGCUCCUCCACCUGAAAGUGAGCCCCCAAAGAAACGUGGCAAAAAAUCAUCAGCUUCAAAAAAAGAUACUUCCCAGGAAGAAAAAGAGGAGACAAAAGAAGUGCAAAUGCAAGAUGCUGAUGAAACUAAGGAUGAUAAAGAUUUAGUGCAGGAAAAGAAUGUUGUGAAGGAAAAUCAAGAUGAGAAGAGAGUAGAGGAUACGGAUGUCAAAGAAUCCCCUCAGCCUGGGGAAAAUACCAAUAUAUCUAAUGAUGAGGAAAAAUUCAAGACUGCUGAUGGAGAGUUACAUGCCUCAGUUGAGAAAUUUGACGACAAAAGAAUUGAAGGUUCUGAAGUGGUUCAGAAUAAAUAUGAAGAAAAGAUUGGACAACCACUGGAGGAGACAAAGAAAGAUGGUGGAUCUGCAGAGGCAGAGAAAUCUGAAACAGCCCCUGCUGCUGAGAAAAAGGUUGAAGUGGAAGGAGAGAAUAAAGAGGAACACAACAGAGGCAUUGGCGAGUCUGAAGGAGAAACCAAGGAAAAAGAAGGAACAAAAGUCAAUGAUGAAGAACAUUACAAAGUUCAUGACAUAAACAAGAAGGCUGAAUCGGAUUUGACCGAGAAUGGAAGUUAAACUGGUUAUAAGUCAAAUCUGUCUAAUAAGGAAUAUAAUAAACUCUUGCCUUCUCUUCUCUCAUUCUGACCCUUUUAGAUCUGUCCGAGGAUGACUGUAGUUCUUGUUGUCAUGUUAGUUAUCUGAUUGUUUAUUGAAAUGACUAUAGACAAUUAUAGAGUAGCCCUAUAUGUACCAUCCUUCUAUGUAUUGGAGAGACGUGUAGCUUCUAGUUCCCCCUUCGUAACAUUGUGUUGUAAGAUACUUGUACUGUGUUGUGGACCUGUAAGCAUGUAAGGACGUGAUAAACUAUUAUCGGGUUUUAUCAGGUUCGUGGAUGUUGUUUACUACCAUUUGUCUGGGCCGAAGACCGGUCCAAUCAAAGUUUCUUUCCAAUCUUAUUGGAAUAAAGGCUCUGACCGUUUUAAUUCAUUACAACGGGGGUAUUUAUUUAUGUUUUCAUUCUACUGUUAAACAACCACCAACAACAACAAUAAUCAUAAUCACUAUCAGCCUUGAGUAUUGAUAUUGCACGAGUCAUGGCCCUCCCCUGCUUGUUUUCUGUUUCUUCUGCGUGGCAAAGGCCAAAUAAAGGCGUGGGAGCAGUGGAACCGCAAAUAACAAAAGCUGGUUCUCUCUUUGACCAAAACCACAAUUUAAUCACCCUACAACAACUUGAAAGACCUUCCAUUUGCGCUGUUCGUUGAACGAAAAAAUAAAUCUUGUUAAAUUCUCGACGACGUCAAAAUUGCAGUUUUGUGUGAGCAACGAACGAUGAGUAUUGGUCUUUUUCUAGCGGUAAUAGAUAAUCUGAGACGGGAUUCCCCCCAAGACAUGAAUUAUGUGACCCAGAAAGGAAAUUUAAUGGAAUUCUCUAUUUUUAUGAGUGAGUUGUAAGAUGAGAUAAAAUGUCUUGUAGCUUCCCUCAAAGGCUCAAAGCCCUUUAAGUUGAACAACCAACCCUGUCAAGGAGGUCCACUUCUCAAAUGCACUGGCCGAAGACACAAAGGCAAGUUUGGAGGACUCAAUGUCAUUCCGAGCAACUGCCAGAAAAAUAAAAGCCAGAACUAAGUUCUUAGCACAAGGAAUCUUGGAGCCCCCUGACUCUUAAUUACGUUAGCAAAUUACUUGCACAAAUAUAUGUGCCAAAGACAGAAACCAUUUAUAUAUGAAGGCUUCUUAAAAGAGUCUAUUAACAAGGUUGCAUACAGGCGAUAUUUUUCCCGGUGUGUUUUUCUGUUUU